AUGUCUCACGAAGGAGAAGAAGAAUUAUUGGAAUACUCUGAACCAGAAGAUAACAUUGUCCAAGAAUCCACCACUGCUGAAGCUAAGGAUGGUGAAGACAAGAAAGGUUCAUAUGUUGGUAUCCAUUCAACAGGUUUUAAAGAUUUCUUAUUAAAACCAGAAUUAUCAAGAGCUAUUGUUGAUUGUGGUUUCGAACAUCCAUCAGAAGUUUGUAUCCCACAAUCUAUUCAUGGUACUGAUGUUUUAUGUCAAGCCAAAUCAGGUUUAGGUAAAACUGCUGUUUUCGUUUUAUCAACUUUACAACAAUUAGACCCAGUUCCAGGUGAAGUUUCCACUUUAGUUAUCUGUCAUACUAGAGAAUUAGCUUAUCAAAUUCGUAAUGAAUACUUAAGAUUCUCUAAAUAUAUGCCAGAUGUUAAAACUGCAGUUUUCUAUGGUGGUACUGAUAUUAAAAAAGAUGCUGAAUUAUUGAAAAAUAAAGAUACUGCUCCACAUAUUGUUGUUGGUACUCCAGGUCGUUUGAACGCUUUAUUAAGAGAAAAAUAUAUUCGUUUAAAUAAUUUGAAAAAUUUCGUUAUUGAUGAAUGUGAUAAAGUUUUAGAAGCUGUUGAUAUGAGAAGAGAUGUUCAAGAAAUUUUCAGAGCAACUCCUCAUGAAAAACAAGUUAUGUUCUUUUCAGCUACUUUAUCUCAAGAAAUUAGACCAAUUUGUAAAAAAUUCUUACAAAAUCCAUUAGAAAUUUAUGUUGAUGAUGAAGCUAAAUUAACUUUACAUGGUUUACAACAAUUCUACAUCAAAUUAGCUGAACGUGAAAAAAAUCGUCGUUUAGCUGAUUUAUUAGAUUCAUUAGAAUUCAAUCAAGUAAUUAUUUUCGUUAAAUCAACUGCAAGAGCUGAUGAAUUAAAUAGAAUUUUAACUGCUUCAAAUUUCCCAUCUAUUGCAGUUCAUUCAGGUAUCCCACAAGAAGAAAGAAUUGCUAGAUAUAAAUCAUUCAAAGAUUUCAACAAGAGAAUCUGUGUUUCAACUGAUGUUUUCGGUAGAGGUAUUGAUAUUGAAAGAAUUAAUUUAGCUAUUAAUUAUGAUUUACCAAAUGAAGCUGAUCAAUACUUACAUAGAGUUGGUAGAGCUGGUAGAUUCGGUACCAAAGGUUUAGCUGUUUCAUUUGUUUCAACUGAAGAAGAUGAAACUGUCUUGGGUAAAAUUCAAGAAAGAUUUGAUGUUAAAAUUGCUGAAUUCCCAGAAGGUGGUGUUGAUCCAUCAACUUAUAUGAAUACUUAG